UCGGAGCAUGGUGGAGUAGAGUUGUGCUCACGCCAGUGCUCUUAGUCUGCGCUCAGUUUACCGAACUUACUGUGUUAUUGGCAUUGAUUUGUUUUGUUUGCAAUCUUCAUUGAGACAUUUCAUCUCCAACAACAAUUUGUGAGUUGCUCAUCUCUACUUGCAAGUUACAAAAAAGAAAUUUUACAGGAGAGAAGUUACAGGACAAUGCUUCGGAAAACUUUUAUUGUUUGAGACUGAAGCAUCGAAAUCCAUUCGAACUUCCGAGGGUUCUUCAUUCGUCAGGAUGGCAGCUCAGAUCGAGUAAGUUCCCUGAGACUCACUUCCCUUCAGAAUCAGUGCGGGGAAUUGAAAAUACAAACUGUUAAGAACAACAAUAACUGUGAUAUGAAGGUUCCAAGGAGGCUGGUCGGGUGAAGGUGCCCCUUCCUUCCCGUCUCUGCGGACAAGGAACGUCAACACAAUGAAGAAAAGAACUCGUAAGAUGGGCAGCGUCAAUUCGCCUCUGCUGUGUGUGCUGAUGGUGGCGGGGGCGGUGGCUGCGACGACGGGCCUGGGGACUGGGCCAGGCGACACAAGACUCUCCACGGACCUGCUGAACCCACCUUACCCACCUCAACCACCGCAAGCCCACCGUCUGCCGCGGAGCCCACAACACCGCGUGCACCUUGCCCAGGACUUGCACUUCAUCGAGGAGCCUCCGAGACAACUGCACUUCACCAACACGUCUGGCGCGGUGAUGGACUGCGUGGCGAAAGGCAUGCCUGACCCGACCAUCAGCUGGACGUUCGCUGAUGGUCGCCCGCUGAGUCAAGUGAGUGGACUGCUGCAGCUGGCGGACAAUGGCUCCCUUGUAUUCCCGCCCUUCCCCGCCCAUCGCUACGACACUCGCGUGCACUCCGCUGUCUACACCUGCCGCGCCUCCUCCCCCGUGGGCACCCUGCUGGCCACGCCCACUAUCGUCAGGGCAGUGGUUGUGGGGCAGUAUCAGGUGCAAGUGUACGACCACCUGGUGAUGACUGGCAAUACGGCGGUGCUGCAGUGCGUGGUGCCCUCCUACCUGCGGGAGUUUGUGUCCGUCACAUCCUGGCACCUGGAGGAGACUCGCCACGUAUAUCCUUCCCUCCAUGGUGACGGCAAGUACCACAUGACGGAGGCUGGCGACCUGCACGUAUUCGAGGUGACCCCAGCUGACGGCCUUUCCAGGUUCAGUUGCCGAGCUCUCCACCGCCUCACGGGAAAGUCACAGGUGUCCGUCAGCCCAGCCAGGAUUAUUGUGACAGAGGCGCAGGGAGCAGUGGCCCCGAGGAUGCGUGAGAGCCGCGGCCGAGUGGUGGUGGAGUCUGGCGCUGCCGUGACCCUGCCGUGCGUCGCCCAGGGCCACCCUCCCCCUUCCUACAGUUGGUAUCGAGGCUCUGAGGUGGUGGGCGGAGGGGACGUGGGCGGCGGCGUGUGGGUCGUGGGCGGAUCGUUGGUGCUGGAGCGGGCGGACAUUUCCCACGCUGGUCAGUACUCCUGUGUGGCCAACAACACCGCGGGCCAGGCCAGGAUGCCCGUCCACCUGCAGGUCAUUGUUCCCCUGUCGGUCCAGGUUAGUCCAUUUCAGCGUGUUAGGGGAGUGCACUAGCCAGCAGGCCAGUUGACGUAAGCAAGGAAGCUCC